GGAGGGAGGGAUCGUUCUGUUGUCUGGAGCACGAAGCGGGGAACGGGAGGAAGACAGCGAAACCCGAGCGGCCCGGCUCCCGGGCUGCGGAGGAUGCUGCAUUGACUGUCCGUGACUGCAGCGCUGGCCCCGAGGAUGAACUGGCUGUGGUUGGCCGUCUCUGUGCUCCUGUCCCUGGGCUGCGAGCGCACGGCCGCCGGAUCAACAAACACACCUGGGGUGAGGCGACAUUGUGACGCUGGGGCCUGUAACCCCCGACUGGGCAACUUGGUGACAGCCAGACAGCUGAAGACCUCCUCCACCUGCGGUGUUGGCUCCGCUGAGCUCUUCUGCUCCUACCCGAACCGGGGUUGCAAAGCCGAGGCCGAAUGUGGCAAGUGCCUCUUGGGCAGAAGCCCUCGUCAUUCCCAUCCACCUUCCGCCAUGACCGACUCCUCGUUCCGCUUCCCCGCUACCUGGUGGCAGUCGGCCCAGGGCAGCCACAGGGAAACCAUCCAGUUAGACCUAGAGACCCACUUCUACUUCACACACCUCAUCAUGAUCUUCAAGUCCCCCAGGCCAGCUGCAAUGGUCCUGGAGAGGUCGCAAGACUUCGGUUUGACUUGGAAACCAUACAAGUAUUUUGCCCAGAACUGUAAUGACACCUUUGGACUGCCUGACGACGUCCAUUGGCCUGGGGCAAUUUGUACGUCCAGAUAUUCCAGUCCAUUCCCUUGUACCCGAGGAGAGGUGAUAUUCCGCGCCCUCUCCCCGGCACACUCCAUGCAGGACCCCUACAGUCCUCAAGCUCAAGAACUGUUGAAGGUCACCAACAUCCGGAUGCGAAUGCUGAAGCGGCAACCGUGUCCCUGCUUGGCGCAAGUAACCAGCCUCAAACCGCAAGCGUUUGCACACUACGCAGUCUAUGACUUUAUCGCCAUGGGCAGCUGCUUCUGCAAUGGCCAUGCUGAGCAGUGUGAGCCAGUAGAGGACUUCAGGCCAGAACAGGACAACACUUACACCAUGAUCCAUGGCAAAUGCAUCUGUGAGCACAACACGAUGGGUGAGCACUGUGAAAGUUGUGCGCCGCUGUAUAACGAUCGGCCUUGGAGACCUGCAGAUGGGAAGAAGGGGAUGGCAAAUCAGUGCCAAGAAUGCAAGUGCAAUGGCCACGCUCAAAGCUGCCACUUUGACCUGCGUGUGUGGCUGGCAUCGGGUAAUCGCAGUGGGGGAGUGUGUGACAACUGUGAACACAACACCAAGGGUCAUCAGUGCCAACAGUGCCAGCCCGGCUUCUACAGGAAUCCUGGGGCAUCACUGUCUGCCCCCGACACCUGCCUGUCCUGCUUCUGCCACCCGGUUGGCUCCAUCACUAUGCCACUGCUACCGAACCUGCCCUGUGACACUGAAACCGGUCACUGUCUCUGUAAGCCUGGCGUGGCCAGACCCCACUGUGACAAGUGUCUGCUGGGGUACUGGGGCCUCGGGGAAUAUGGUUGUCGACCAUGUGACUGCGCAGGGAGCUGUGACCCCUACACUGGGGAUUGUACUGGCAGCUCUGCAGAUACAGACUGGUACCAAGGGUCUCCUGGCCUUGAUCAUUCUUCUCAACUCUCUGGAAGGGAUUCCACCUGGAACUGGGAGGAUGAACGAGGUUUCUCUGCUCUUCGACAUUCAGGGAAGUGUGAGUGCAGAAGCCAGGUCUUUAAAAACCCCUACGUAUUCUGCAGCAUGAAAUAUAACUAUGUGCUGAAAGUAAAGGUUCUCUCAGCUCACGACAAAGGGUCACAUGCAGAGGUUAUCGUGAAAGUCAAGAAGGUGUUUAAAUUGACCAAGUUAAAGAUUCACCGGGAGAAGCGAGUCCUGUACCCGGAAUCCUGGACAAACACAGGUUGCACCUGCCCACUUCUGAAUCCUGGCAUGGAAUACCUCAUUGCAGGGCAUGAGGAUGUCCACACUGGCAGGCUAAUAGUCAACAUGAAGAGCUUCGUCCAUGCUUGGAAGCCGGAUCUGGGCCGAAGGAUGAUACACAUCUUGAGAUCUGAGUGCUAGUCGCAGUAAUGCCUUUAGGCCAGAGUGUGCUUGCCCAAGGUGUCGAGAGCAGGUUUCCGUCUUGAAGAGAAAGUUGAGUGGAGAAUUGUUACAUUGGCUCUCUCAAAGAACACUUGCACAUCUAAGCAUUUGCUGAACUGGUUGCAAACUAAAUCUGUCCAACUCCUCGAAUUCUUGUUUCUCCCUUCUGAAAGAAGACUCUUGCUUUUUAAUAUAACGCACUUUAUGAGAUGGUGGUCAUGGCAAGGGAAAGAUUGUCAGACAGGCAACUUGAAAAGUAUGUGUGGAUGAUGAGAGGGCUGGAAGCAGGGACACAGUGGUUAUAACCUGCUAACAUCUGUAGCAUUGAAAAGGACUUAGGCUCAGAAGAGCUCCAAGAGUUUUACCUGGAAAAAAGGUAAACUGGAAUUUUUUGAUCCGACAGCUGAUUGUUGAUUUUUUGUGCUGAGAUCAAAGACUAGCUGAGGAUAAAUGAAGCUGAGCAGUGCAUCUGUGACUCAUGGCUGGAAGAAGCAUUCGUCUUUCAUCGCCACUGAAUGUCCUUAGUUGCAGCAUGAAAUGUGGUUCUAAGUUUGUGUCUACACACUGUAUACCACUGAACCCAAUGAAUAAAAAUAAGUUU